CUCAUUUAGACUUACCUUACGGAUGCAUAGCACAUCAAUGCCUGGCAGUCCCAGGGUCAAUCACGUUGCAAUCAAGGGUCCACCAAUUUUUGGCCUUUCUCAUGGCUUGCGCAAACUGUAACAGCUGAUGAGAAGCCCCAGACAACUGCUCGCUCGUUACCUCACCGCCGGUGAACGUGUGUAGGCUCAGAACUCCACCGGGAGUCCUCGAAAAUGCCAUGGCCGUUCAGCUCUUCCAGCUCAGGAAAAGAAUCCACCCCGAGCAGAUUAGAAAAUGAUGCGCGCGCCAAGUCAACGUCAUGGAACGACCUGCUGCCGACACCUGAGCCGCCAUUGUCGGCUGCUAAAGAAUGGGCUCCUGUUUUCCUGACAUCCGUCGCAUCAUUAGCAGCUUUCAUGUUCUAUCAAACACGGUUGCGGAGAUUUCCCACGACAAAUCACAUCCAGCCAGAGCUUUUCAGGAAGCGAACUCUUCUGGGACGAGUGACCAGCGUGGGAGAUGGCGAUAACUUUCACCUGUUUCACACACCAGGCGGCAGACUUGCAGGCUGGGAUUGGCUGAGGAGGGUCCCCAACACCAGAGCCGCACUCAAGGGGAAGACAAUACCCGUACGGAUGGCUGGUAUUGAUGCUCCCGAGGGCGCUCACUUUGGCCGGCCGGGGCAACCAGGUGCGGCAGAAGCACUGCAAUGGCUCAGGGGUUACAUACUCAACAAACGUGUCUGGACUCGACUUCACAGGCGCGACCAAUAUGAACGUGUCGUUGCAACAGUGUAUGUUAGACCGUUUCUGUUCAAGAAAGACGUCGGAUUGGAGAUGUUGAAGCUUGGGUUGGCGACGACAUAUGAAGCGAAAACAGGAGUUGAAUGGGGAGGGGCCGAAGAGGCAUACAAAGCUGCCGAGGCCAAGGCUAAGGCGAAGAAGCUUGGAAUAUGGAAUGGCAAGGCAAGUGACUUUGAGAGUCCCAGGGCGUACAAGACCAGACCAAACGACACGGAAGGAAAGCCUGAGGGGAAGCCUGAAGUGAAGACGGAGAGGAAGAAGACUGGCUGGUUGUCUGGCUGGCUGUGAGGUGUAAGUCGAGAAGGAUGUUCUACUACUUCGAGACCAGCCACGGGCCAAGAUAAAACCUGCUACUUUAUACGGCGAUAUGAAGUCAGCACUUUUAUGUGAAACCAAGUGCUGCUUGAAUGUCAUGAAUUAAGAGAAUGAAGAAUCCAUCUGCUUUGAGUGAGAUGGGUACAUCGAUAUACUGCUUUGACAUAUAAUGGCUUAGUUGCAUAUAUUGAAUCACGGUCUGCUAUCAAUGAUUGGCUGGAAACGCCCCCAAUACCU